AUGGCUUUGAAUCAUGUCUCAAGGCUUUGUAGAAAUGUGGAAGAGUCCAUAGAUUUCUACACCAAGGUUCUUGGGUUGGUCUUGAUUGAGAGGCCACUAGCUUUUGAGUUUGAUGGUGCAUGGUUGUUCAAUUAUGGUGUUGGGGUUCACUUGAUCCGAGUCAAGGAUGAAAACAGCUUGCCUAAAACGGAUCGUAGAUUGGAUCCCAUGGAUAACCAUAUUUCUUUUCGGUGUGAGGACAUGGAAGCACUGGAGCAGAGAUUGAAGCAGUUCAAUGUGAAGUACACAAAGAGGACAAUAGACGACGAUAAGAAUGGAACAAAGAUUGACCAGCUUUUUUUCUGUGAUCCAGAUGGGUACAUGAUUGAGAUAUGCAACUGCGAGAAUCUUAAGCUUGUUCCUGCAGGCUCACUGGGCAAAAUAAAACUCCCAUUCGAUUGGCAGAAUCCUCCUAUUGAUCUGGAAAAUGAGCAGGAUACAAAAUAA